GCGGCGGCCGAGUCCAAAAUCACCGUCGACGCCGUUCUGAACAUUUUUGACUCGGAGUUUCGGUACAAGCCCAUCAUCGACAUGUGGGAUCCCAGGGGUCGAGAGCACUUUGGCAGGAAGCUCGCCUUCUUCAUCGAACGCAAUCUGGCACUUCCAUUCAUGCUUCCCGGGUUCCCUUGCAAGUCCCCCAACGCCGCCGACAAAGUUCUCGGGCAUCUCCCUGACAAAGGGGAAGAGCUUGCUCUCGCUUCGAUGGUAACGAUCGGAGAUCUUAUCCGAGAAGUAUACGCGCCUGGCGCCAAGUUUGUCAUUGUGUCAGACGGCCAUGUGUUCAGUGACUUGAUCGGUGUACCUGAUGCCAACGUCAACGAAUACGGUGCAACGCUGAGAUCCCAAGUCGUGCAAUCCACAGGCCGCCCGGAAUUAUUCAGCUUCUUCGAUCUCAGAGACAUGACUUUCCCCGAUUCCAACGCCCCGGAUCGCUCCGUAAUGGAGUCCGCGUCAAGAAUCGAAUCAGAGCUUCCGUCGCAGUAUGCCGUCUCAGUGGAACACCACCUCCAAGCCGACACCAACCCCAUCGCGGACGAGACGCGUCGACUCCUAUGCGUCCUUGCCGGCAGUUCUCGCUCGAUCCUGCGCAAGGACAUUGCGAGCGACCAUGUUACGACGGCGCUGUACCGCGCCUUCUCUCGCUUUUUGCUCGAUGAUUUGCGUCACAUGCCUGAAAUGCAAGCCCUCCCUUCCAAGAGCGCCCAGAAGAAGCUCUGCACCAAGAUCGCGUUCGAGAUGAUGAUCCGCAAUCAAGCUUACUCCGCUUUGGUAGAGCUGUUGUUCCCAUUGCAUCUCCGCAUCUCCGUUCACGGGCAUUCGUGUGAGGGCCCCAAAUUCGGGGUGAGGCUUAUUCAUCGUAGCUUCUUGGCGAAAGACGCGUUCAUCCCUGCCUUCGAAGGCAGCACGAGCUUGCACAUCCCGACCCCUUGGCACAAUGUUGUUGUG